GCGCAAGAGCGUUGGGGGCGGAAGUGACGAGAAGGUGGUAGUCGGGUAGUUGGCGGGUGGUUGAGUAGAACCGGUCGCCAUGUCCGCGGGGAGCGCGACACAUCCUGGAGCUGGCGGGCGCCGCAGCAAAUGGGACCAACCAGCUCCAGCCCCACUUCUCUUCCUCCCGCCAGCGGCCCCAGGUGGGGAGGUCACCAGCAGUGGGGGAAGUCCUGGGGGCACCACAGCGGCUCCUUCAGGAGCCUUGGAUGCUGCUGCUGCUGUGGCUGCCAAGAUUAAUGCCAUGCUCAUGGCAAAAGGGAAGCUGAAACCAACUCAGAAUGCUUCUGAGAAGCUUCAGGCUCCUGGCAAAGGCCUAACUAGCAAUAAAAGCAAGGAUGACCUGGUGGUAGCUGAAGUAGAAAUUAAUGAUGUGCCUCUCACAUGUAGGAACUUGCUGACUCGAGGACAGACUCAAGAUGAGAUCAGCCGACUUAGUGGGGCUGCAGUAUCAACUCGAGGGAGGUUCAUGACAACUGAGGAAAAAGCCAAAGUGGGACCAGGGGAUCGUCCAUUAUAUCUUCAUGUUCAGGGCCAGACACGGGAAUUAGUGGACAGAGCUGUAAACCGGAUCAAAGAAAUUAUCACCAAUGGAGUGGUAAAAGCUGCCACAGGAACAAGUCCAACUUUUAAUGGUGCAACAGUAACUGUCUAUCACCAGCCAGCACCCAUCGCUCAGUUGUCUCCAGCUGUUAGCCAGAAGCCUCCCUUCCAGUCAGGGAUGCAUUAUGUUCAAGAUAAAUUAUUUGUGGGUCUAGAACAUGCUGUACCCACUUUUAAUGUCAAGGAGAAGGUGGAAGGUCCAGGCUGCUCCUAUUUGCAGCACAUUCAGAUUGAAACAGGUGCCAAAGUCUUCCUGCGGGGCAAAGGUUCAGGCUGCAUUGAGCCAGCAUCUGGCCGAGAAGCUUUUGAACCUAUGUAUAUUUACAUCAGUCAUCCCAAACCAGAAGGCCUGGCUGCCGCCAAGAAGCUUUGUGAGAAUCUUUUGCAAACAGUUCAUGCUGAAUACUCUAGAUUUGUGAAUCAGAUUAAUACUGCUGUACCUUUACCAGGCUAUACACAACCCUCUGCUAUAAGUAGUGUCCCUCCUCAACCACCAUAUUAUCCAUCCAAUGGCUAUCAGUCUGGUUACCCUGUUGUUCCCCCUCCUCAGCAGCCAGUUCAACCUCCUUACGGAGUACCAAGCAUAGUGCCACCAGCUGUUUCAUUAGCACCUGGAGUAUUGCCGGCAUUACCUACUGGAGUCCCACCUGUGCCAACACAAUACCCGAUAACACAAGUGCAGCCUCCAGCUAGCACUGGACAGAGUCCGAUGGGUGGUCCUUUUAUUCCUGCUGCUCCUGUCAAAACUGCCUUGCCCGCUGGCCCCCAGCCCCAGCCCCAGACCCAGCCCCCACUCCCAAGUCAGCCCCAGGCACAGAAGAGACGAUUCACAGAGGAGCUACCAGAUGAACGGGAAUCUGGACUGCUUGGAUACCAGCAUGGACCCAUUCAUAUGACUAAUUUAGGUACAGGCUUCUCCAGUCAGAAUGAGAUUGAAGGUGCAGGAUCGAAGCCAGCAAGUUCCUCAGGCAAAGAGAGAGAGAGGGACAGGCAGUUGAUGCCUCCACCAGCCUUUCCAGUGACUGGAAUAAAAACAGAGUCCGAUGAAAGGAAUGGGUCUGGGACCUUAACAGGGAGCCAUGAUUAUCCAGCCAAGAAGAUGAAAACUACAGAGAAAGGAUUUGGCUUGGUGGCUUAUGCCGCAGAUUCAUCUGAUGAAGAGGAGGAACAUGGAGGUCAUAAAAAUGCAAGUAGUUUUCCACAGGGCUGGAGUUUGGGAUACCAAUAUCCUUCAUCACAACCACGAGCUAAACAACAGAUGCCAUUCUGGAUGGCUCCCUAGGAAACAGUGGAACAGAGUUUUGACCCUCAGUGACUCUUCUUAGCAAUAAUGCAUGCAUUUGAUUUAACAAGACUCUGGGGCCUGUGCUGGGAACCAUCUUGGACCUUUGCAGAAGUUAGAGAUUCAGUGCCCCCCUUUCUUAAAGGGGUUCCUUAACAACAGGAACAAAAAUCUUUAUUUCUGCGGUGGCACAGAAUCUGUUAAAAUUUAAUUAGAAUCACAAAUUUAUCUCAGAAGCUUUUUAACAGUUGGUGAAAUGUGCUUGUCCAACAAAGCAUCCUAACAGGGUCGUUCCGAUACACAUUUGACCUGGUCCAGCCUUUUCCAAAUGAAUAGCCCCCAUUCUGACAUAAAGAAAGUUUUAUUUGUAUUUUAUUACUGUUUGGUCAAUUUUGAUAUAUAACUGGUUACAAACAGAGCCUUACUAUUUAUUAGUGGGGAAAUGAUUUUAAGACCAUCCUUUUCAGUAUUUCAUUCUGACAGAUCUGCAUCCCUCUUUCGUUUUGGAUUAUUUCUGUUUUGGAAAAUGCUGUCUCAUUUAAAACUGUUGGAUAUAGCUGGAUCCUGGAUAGAAAAAUGAAGUUAUUUUUUCAUUGUGUUUUUUAAUUGGGGUGAUCCAAAGCUGGCACCUUCAGGCACAUUGGUCUCAUAGCCAUUACUGUUUUUAUUGCCCUUCUAAGAUCCUGUCGUCAGCUGGGUCACAGAAAACUUCUUGACUAAAACUGGUCAGAACUCAUCACAGAAAUGAAAUACAGUGGUCUCUCUCUCCCAGAACUGGUUGCAGCUAAAAUAGAGAGAUCUGACUGCUGGCUAUAGGAUUUUGGACUUAAUGACUGAAAUUGCAACUUGUCCUUUUUCUUGGCAUUACAGGUUUUGCCAAAACAACUUUUUUGUAUCAAAUAUUGAUGUGUGAAAGUGAAGGAGCUAGUCUGCUGAACCAGGAAUAGUUUGAGAUAUUGAACUGUCAUUUUUGCACAUUUGAAUACUUUGCAGGCUGGCUUUGUAUAAACUUAUCCUCUGGUUUCCUAUAUGUUGUAAAUAUUUAGACCAUAAUUUCAUUAUAAAUAAAUGUAUAAAUAUUCUG